UUCUGAUCUCAGAUGAGCUUGUGGGUCGUUACCAUAGUUGCGACUGACUCGGUGCGCGUUCACAUGGAGUUUACUUUCACAAUCACUGCAAGGAACAACGAGCCGUUUCAUUGUGUCGCCAAACGCGCCGAACUCAUGUCGCACAGAAUGUGACAUUUUGCGCGACUAUACGAAGAAAAAGCGGAGCGUCGCAUGCGCGUUUGGAUAUACCGCGCCCGGCGAUGCGCGGCCGAUGCGCAAAAGCGCGCAGCUCCACCGCGCUUCAUCUCGGUUUAAUAAUCCAGAUUAAGAGGUUAUCGGGUGAUCAAAAUCGCCCUCCUUCGCUCAUCUGACGCGUUCCCGGGGGGUUUUCCGUUGCGGUUCAGAGCCUGUGGCAUUGAUACGUCGGUCACAAACGCGGACACUAGUCUCUGUCUCUCAAUGCUGCUAUGACUUCGUGCACGCGUCGAUCCCGCGAUCUGAUUCCUCCUGGCGUCUCCGUGCUCAUCUCCGCGCUGCUCGUGCUCGUCUGUUGUGAUCCGGCGGAUAACCACUGCUCGUCUGCCCUCAUCUCCACAUGUGAAGAUUGUCUGAGACUCGGCCCUGAAUGCGCCUGGUGCUCUCAAGAGAGGUUCCUAAACCAGAGAUGCGGAUCUGUAGCUGACCUUCGGCUCAGGGGCUGUCAAGAGGAGUUUAUGGAAAACCCGGAUGUUAAAGUUGUGGUUAACGCUGCGCUCGACAGCUCCCAGGUGACACCCAGAGAGAUUACCAUCCACAUGAGACCAGGGAGCAUUGCGAGCUUUGUGGUGGAGGUACGACAGUUGGAGCGCUAUCCUGUAGAUCUGUAUUAUCUGGUGGACGUGUCUGCAUCCAUGCAGGAGAACUUGGAUCGGCUGAAGACUGUGGGUCUGGCUCUGUCUCAUCAGAUGAAGGAACAUUCCAGUGAUUUCCGGGUUGGAUUUGGGUCUUUUGUAGAUAAACCCGUAUCUCCGUACAUCGACGUUCACCCCACUAAACUUGUGAAUCCUUGUAGUGACUAUGAGGUCCACUGCAGGCCCGCUCAUGGUUUUAUUCACGUUCUGCCCGUCACGAAGAACAUGACGGAGUUCACGCGUGUUAUCCAGGAGCAGAGGAUCUCGGGAAACAUGGACACGCCGGAGGGCGGAUUGGACGCCAUGCUGCAGGCCACCGUUUGUAAGAAGGACAUCGGAUGGAGGCCGGAAGCCAAACAUCUGCUACUGGUUAUGACCGAUCAACCCUCUCAUUUGGCUCUGGACAGUAAACUGGCCGGUAUUGUCGUUCCUCAUGACGGCCGCUGCCACCUACAGGAUAACAUCUACUCUCAAACAGCCACUAUGGAACAUCCAUCCAUCGGUCAGCUGGCAGAGAAACUCCUGGAGAACAGCGUUUACUCUAUAUUCGCUGUGGAUCAGUUGCAAUAUCGGUGGUAUGAGGAUCUGAUGAGCUUGAUUCCAGGCAGUUAUGUGGGCCGGCUGUUUCCCAAAGCAUCUAAUCUUAAAGAUUUAGUGGUGCAUGCCUACAAGAAGCUGCUGUCGGAUGUGGAGCUGCAGGUCGGGGUGGAGGACGGCCAAGCGCACAGGUUCCGGGUGAACAUAACGGCCUUUUGCCCCAACGGAUCAUCUGUUUUCGAGAACACUAAAUGUUCCAGCGUGCGGCCCAAACAAACAGUCUUCUUUAACGUCACCGUUGGAAUGAUCUCCUGCCCAGCUUCAGCGGGGGGUGCCGAUCAGGAGGUGGUAAUUUCCGUCAGGCCGGUGGGAUUGAACGAGUCUGUAACCGUUCGAGUCCGACAGGUCUGUGGGUGUGGCUGCUCAGAAGCGGGUCGUUGUCAUGACGACUCAAAUUCUACAGCAUGCUCUGCAGAGAUGGGUAAAGGGUGGGAUGUCUGUAGAGAGGACAGGUCGAAACCUGUGUGCAGUGGGAGAGGAACCUGUCGAUGUGGGACGUGUGUAUGUGAUUCCAGCAGACUGGGAAACAUUUAUGGGAAGUUUUGCGAGAUGGACGAUUUCUCCUGCCCGUAUGAGAGAGGUCUGGUGUGUGGAGGACGCGGGCAGUGCGUUUCAGGUGAAUGCGUGUGUCAGCCCGGCUUCACGGGCGACACCUGCGAGUGUUCCGUCUCCACGGAAACAUGCGUGUCAGAUGACGAGUCGAUAUGUGGCGGUCUGGGAAAGUGUGUGUGUGGCAGGUGUGUGUGUGACGACCCCCAGCGCUCCGGGACAUUCUGUGAGAAGUGUCUCACCUGCUACAGCUCCUGUCUGUCUCACUGGGGUUGCGUGGGCUGUCAUCUGUCAAACGGACUCAGACCUCAUGCUUUCCAGCUUUGUAACCACAGCUGCACCCCAUUGGUGGACUAUGUUGAUGACAUCACAGAGCUGGUGAGAGGGAAGUACUGUCUGUAUCUCACCCCUGAGAAAUGUCAUUACCGCUUUCUCAUGGACGUGACGACAGACGGACCACAGCUGCACAUUAGCCGACAUCCAGUGUGUGUUUGGGGUCAGAGAUCAGUCAAGACGUUCCUCAGCACUUUCCUCCUGACGUUGAUGUUGGGUAUCGGUCUGCUGGCUGUGGUCAGUCAUUUACUGAGAACAAGAAACUGUGCAUGGCAGAAAAAGCCCAACCAGCAGUCUGAUUGUAAGGAUUCUGCGUAUGGUCCUACAACCAAUGAGAAGACGAUAACGUACAGGAGGGACCGCCUCCCGAACCAGCCGGUAGAAAUCCACUCACACACAUCCAAGACGGCGCUGCCUAAUGCGUGGCAAUGACAGGGUCAAAGGUCACGCCGGAAACCAAUCGCAAUCCAUCUCUAUAUUUACAAAGCACUUAGACGAAGCAAUAAUUUUUCGCUAUGUAUGUAAUUUAUUAUGUUAAAUGGCAUUAAAUAUUUCAUCAUUCUCUGAUGGCACACAGGGUGAGAAGGUGAAGUGCAAGCUACGCGGUACAAAAAUCCACAAAUGAAACUUUUAGAUGCCUUCACUUGAAUACAUCGGCCAGUGACCCGUGGGUUUCUCCUUGCAUAUGAUAUUUUUUGAUGAUCUCUUCAGAGUUACACUGUGUUAGAUUUUGUGAAUAAUUUUGAGAAUGUUUUUAUUUUUUAUUUAAUUGUAUUCGGCAAAACACUACAGAAUCUGGAUAAGUAUGAAGCCGUUCUAGACUACAGAAAUAUGUCUGCGGAAAAUCUUCUGUUUUUGCUUCUAGAUUUGACCAAAUGUGACACUGUCUCCCAUAAGGCAGUGCGCUCGACAUCCAUUCAGUUAGUUUACCUCUUUUUUUCAUGUUUUUCACAACCAGAGCCUGUGCAGUAGUUUUCAUUUAGGGAAUUUUACUGUGACUGACGACAGCGAUUGAAAUGUUGACCGUUUUAAGACGCCGGAUACAUCAGUGUGUCUGAAGUGGUCAAAUGUGGCAUCUACCUAUACUUGUCAAAAUGAGGUUGUGUGACAAGGCUAAUGCAAUUGUAAUAAGCGUCGCUAAUAUUCCGUGUGACAUGUUUAUUGUUAGAUAUAGCACACAGUUUUAGUUUUGUAAAGCCGGUAUAAACUGCACAGCAUGCUUACAUUCCAUCCUGAAUUUAACAAGUGGGAAAAAUCCCUGACCUGCUGUCUGGUGUAAGUCUUCCAUCUAGUGUUCAACACAUAUAUAACAUUCCUAACAGCUCUCUGUGUAGCAGUUUAUCUGGAUCUUGAUUCUGAAAGUGCCCUUCAGGUUCCUUGAAUAUUUAAGCAGAAUACAAAAUAAUUCUUUACUAACAGGUCGUGUUGUUCUGCAUGUCUACAUGAUUCCUUGGAUAAACUGGAAAUUUAGGGAGGUUUCUUCUCCCGGAACUAGUUCACUGUAUAUUUAGGUUUGUGUAAUGAUUUGUUCUGCUGGUCAUUAUUUAUGUCUGUUGUCAUCUACUACUGAGGCCCAUUAUUGGGUACGUAGUCUGUGGUCAUUACUGCAGCAUUCCUCUGGCUCUAAUACGUUCAGUUUUAAUACAAUGUUUACAUCAGAUAACACUAAAUAAAUAUUUAUUAUUAGGGGAUUUUUGGUAAUUUUUUGUUAUAAUAUAAAUGCUUUUUUAUUUUUGACUGUAGUGAACAUGCUUGUAUAAACCAGUACCAUUUGGGCAUGUAUGUGUUGUUUAAUGCACAUUUGUCCUGGUUUGUGUUUAUGAAUGUUUUCGGGCAAGUCAGACACAAUCUUAAUGUCUACAUGCCAGCCACUCUCUGUUACGCGCUGGGGUUUGAUUUCAGUCAAAAAGAUCACAGUUUCAAUAAAAAAACACCAUUGUGA